AUGGAAGAAGAGAAGAAGGAAGCGUAUUCAGUGUGGGCAUUGCCCGAUGAAGAAACAGAGCCAAGAUUCAUAAAGCUAAUGGAAUCUCUAAGAUCCGAGUUCUCCGGUCGGAGAUUUGAUCCUCACGUCACCGUCGUCGGAGCAACAUAUCUGACGGUGGAGGAAGCGAAGAAGAUGUUCGAAGCGGCUUGCGACGGUUUCAAGGCUUAUACCGCUACUGUAGAUCGCGUUUCCACCGGAACCACCACAGUAGAUCGCGUUUCCACGGGAACUUUCUCCUAUCAAUGCGUUUUCUUGGUCCUCCGAUCGACCCAUGAGGUAAUGAGAGCUGGUGAACACUGUAAGAACCAUUUCCGUUGCUCCACUACCACACCUUACAUGCCGCAUUUGAGCUUGCUUUACGCCGAGUUAACAGAAGAAGAGAAGAAAAAAGCUCAGGAGAAAGCUUACACACUCGAUAGCACUCUUGAUGGCCUAAGCUUCCGGUUAAACCGACUCGCUCUCUGCAAAACCGAUACCGAAGACAAGACGCUAGAGUCAUGGGAGAAAGUGGUUGUAUGUAAUCUCAACCUUUAA